GGUUAUUGAAUAGCAAAUCGUUGAUUUGUCCAUCUCCUUUCCUAAAAAAAAAUAAACUUCAUUCAUAGUGUCAAGACCUCCAAAAUCUAUCCAAUCAAAAUCCACCUAUUUCAGUACAAAGUCUGUCUGGCCAAUAAACGCUCACGUAAUUGUAAGCAAUGGUCAUCAAUUGAUGACCAUCACUGCUUCUAGUAUCAAUAACCAACUUCAUAGUACGGGAGUGAAAGUAUAUAAAGGACUUGCAUUACCUCAAUAUCAAUAUCAAUUCAUUACUUUACAUUUAAGCUACAUCCUUUCGUCAAGAAAUACUUUCAAGAAACAACUCGAAAAUCAACCACUUCAACGAUCUCGAAAUCAACAAUUUUGAACUUUCAAAACUUCGACAAACAAUAUCAAAAAGUAAAAUGGCUCCAUCAACAUGUUGCAAGAAGGGCGAGAAUGCCAGCAGUGGUUGUGUUUGUGCAACUCAAGCAAAAUGCUCCUGUGGCGAGAAGAAAGCUCUCGAGUGCACAUGCGCUAAAUCCGAGAGUGAAAACAAGGUCGAGGGUGCUAGAUGUUCUUGCCGUGCCCGUGCAGCCGGAGCUUGUACCUGCGAGCGUUCAGCCGAGGAAAACAAGGUUCCUUCUGGAGACCUCUGUUCAUGUGGUUCCAGACCCGCUGAUGCAUGCACCUGUGAGAAGGCUACAGAUGGUGGAUUGCUUCCUACCGAGACGGAUUUCACCACUAAGGCUUAGGACUUAGAUGGAGAUGGGGUUCUGGAUGGACAGUGAACUCGGAGUGGCGUUUGUGGUUUGAGGGAAUAAGUUGCAUUGGGUUGGCGUUUGGUAGUGUGGUAUAGGGGAAGUGGAUUGGGGAUUAUGGACUGGACUGGGCACCGGGUUUGGGGGUUCGGCAUAUGUAUUGAUGCAUACAUGAAUAAUCAAAAAAUCUUGAGUGUUAUCA